AUGUCACCGAGCCGAGCCGUCCCUAUCCUUGUCGGCGUCGGCGAUGUCAGAAACAAAUCCAGCAAGCCAGAAGACGCUCUCGAGCCGUCCAAAAUGAUGACAAGAGCCAUCCGAAACGCCCUCGAAGACACCGGUCUUGACGCUGCGGCACAGAAACAGGUCCUCAAUGAGACGGACAGUCUGCGCAUCAUCCCCACCUGGACUUGGGCGUACAACGACCUGCUGAGUACCGUGGCGGAAGACCUGGGUAUCAAGCCGACAACAAAAGAGAUGCCGACGCACGGCGGCAACCAACCCGCCUUGCAAUGCGACGAAGCCGCCCGAGCCAUCGCCAACCGCCAGAGCAAGGUGGCCAUCUUGACUGGUGGCGAGGCCAUGGCUUCGCUCGCGGGCUGCCAGAAAGCAGGCCAGAUGCCACCGCCAGGCUGGGUAGAGCCCGACCCCGACGGAAAGUCCGUCUCGAUGGACAUGUCCAUCUUGGGCGAUGGCGCCGGCCCGCGACACUCUGUCGGCCUGCCGAUCCACGUCUACCCUCUGUACGAGAUUGGACGUCGCGCGCGUCUGCGGCAGACGGCACAGCAAAACAAUCAGGAGUCGGCCACCAUGUACGCCGCUUUCGAUGAGAUUGGCUCCAAGAAUGAAUAUUCCUGGAACUAUGGCGAAAAGAUCAAAACAGCCGAAUUCAUCGGCUCCAUAACUAAGCGAAACCGCAUCAUUUGCGAGCCCUACCCGCUGUUGAUGAAUGCCUUCAACGGCGUCAACUUGUCCGCUGCUUGCAUUCUCACGUCGACGGAGCACGCCGAGAAGCUCGGAAUCCCCAAGGACAAGUGGGUGUAUAUUCUUGGCGGCGCCGUCUGGGAACGACCUGGAUUCGCCAGCAGCCCUGCCAUAACCAAUUCUCUUGAUGCGGCACUGCAAGUGUCUGGCCUAACCAAAGACAAAAUUGAUGUCUUUGACUUUUACUCGCAAGUCAAGACCUGUCGACGAAAAAAGGACUCGGCUGACCUGUUGCAGCUGCUUCCCCAUCGUGCCCAAGCUCGCAUGCGAUCAUUUCGGACUCUCGCCAACCACGCCAAAGAAGCCAAUCUCGCUGCUGGGCGGACUCACAUCAUUCGGAGGGGCCGGCAACAACUACUCGAUGCGCUCACGGCCAUGACGCGCGCGUUGCGCAGCCGCCGGUACAACAACGGUCUGAUCUUGGCCAAUGGCGGCAUGCUCACGCACCAAUACGCCAUCUGCCUCUCAACACAGCCUCGCCGGGACGGACAGGACUACCCCGCCAAAAAUCCGUUGCCGCUCGUCGUGCCCGAUGCCGCGCCGCCAUUCGCCGAGGACGCCAGCGGCCCCGCCACGAUUGAAACUUACACGAUUGAGUAUGAUCGCUCGGGUGCGCCUAGUCUCGGGCAUAUUGUCGGAAAACUAAAGACGGGCGAGAGAUUUCUGGCGAAUCAUGGUGAUGACGCGACGCUGGAGAGACUGGCGCAGCGCUCCGUGGAGCAUGUUGGUCAGGCUGGCGUCGUGCGCAAGGACGAGGAACGGAAUCUGUUUUAUUUCGAGGCCAAGCCAAACCUGUGA